AUGGAAGAUUCCCAGCUACCGUUGGUCUGGUCGGCAAGUGGUGCAUGUGACGCAUGGUCAAGGUUGGAAGACCACUUCGAGAAGAAGAGUCUUGCCAACAAGCUGUUCUUGUGCCGUCGCUUCUUCACGACGAUGAUGGAAGAAAGCGACGAUGUGCUCGAACACAUCAACGAGCUCAAGACGUUAGAGGAACAUCUAGAAGCGGUGGGGGCUCCGGUCUGCGAGGACGAUCUGGUGAUCACACUUCUCGGCAGCCUGAGUGACUCGAAUCAAUUCUUGAUCACAGCUUUGAAGUCGCGCUCAGACACUUUUAGCUGGGAGCUUGUGACGUCUCGACUGCUUCAUGAAGAAAUGAAGCGGAAGGAGCAAGGAAGUAAAGGUGAUGAAGCUUCGCAAGGUCAAGCGUUCAUCACAAGGGACAAUCAGCGCAAAGGGCGACCAGUAAAGAAGUCCUGGCCGUGCCACAUUGCGGAAAGAUUGCGCGCUCAAGACAGCGGCGACCGCUACCGAUCACAACGUGCAAACGUCGCUCAAGAAGAAGACUCGGGCGACUACCUCUUUUCGAUUGGUGAAAUGACAUCUGGGAAAUCGAGCGGCAUCUGGCUGGUCGACUCCGGGGCGACGCAGCACAUGACGUGCUCCAAGAAGUUCAUGCGGAACUACAAGUUGUUUGACGCUGUGGAUGUCCAUCUCGCGGAUGAUGGAAUCGUCCAAGCAAUCGGCAGUGGGGACACUGUCAUGUCGAUGAAGACACCCCAAGGGAUGAAGAAAGGUGUGCUCACAAACGUGUGGCACAUCCCAAAGUUAUCCAAAAACCUGUUCUCAGUCGGCCGCUUCACCAAGGAUGUCGGCCCAGUGACGUUUAUGUUGAAAGGUGUGAAGCUUGACGACCGAAACUGUGAGGGAUGCUGGGAGUCCACUCGGAAGACCGGAGAAGACACUUGGGGGGUAGAUGAAAGAUUGGAAAGUGACUGA